GUGCGUGUUGGCUGGUGAUAAGACUGAUGAUUAUUCGUUCCUUGUUUAGCAUAGGAUUAAAAAAGUUACUCUGCGCUUGUUGUUGGCGGUAUUAGUGUCACUUCAGCUGUGAUUUUGUUCCCAAAAUUUUAAUUUUUUCUUAUUCUGAAAAAAUUUUAGACGCAUGAAUCUUAAGUGAUCCUUUUCCUUUAGCUUCGGAACAAUUUUAAGUCAUGAGUUUUUGAAAAUCGGUCUUCGGCCCUCCAGAUUUUGUGUUUCGAUCUAUUUAUCUGUCCAACUUCACCGAGUUUAGCAUCUAGAGAGAUAGAAAUUUUCAUUGUUAUCACGGACAGCGAUUUCAAGUGAUAAUGGAGAAACAAAGCAGUUUUCGGGCAUCUACUAUGGAAAAACAGAAGAGUUUUCGUGGAUUUAUGGAAAAACAGAAGAGUUUUCGCAUAGUGAUGGAGAAGCAGCUCAGCUUUAUGGGAAGCGAAAAGAAGAAGAGCAAGGAGUCACCUGGGAAACGUGGUGACUUACCAAUUCAUUUAGCAGCUCGGGCAGGGAACCUGAGCAGAGUGAAGGAGAUAAUACAAAACUAUUCUAAUUGUGAGACGAAAGAUUUGUUGGCAAAGCAGAACCUAGAGGGGGAGACCCCUCUUUAUGUCGCUUCAGAGAAUGGGCAUGCUUUGGUUGUUAGUGAGAUACUGAAGUACUUGGACCUGCAAACCGCUUCUAUUGCGGCCAGAAAUGGCUAUGAUCCAUUCCAUAUUGCUGCAAAGCAAGGUCAUCUUGAGGUUUUGAGAGAACUACUGCAGUCCUUUCCCAACUUGGCCAUGACCACUGAUUUGUCCAACUCAACUGCUUUACAUACAGCUGCAAGUCAAGGUCAUAUUGAUGUGGUUAAUCUCCUUCUGGAAUCAGAUUCUAACCUUGCUAAAAUAGCCAGGAAUAAUGGUAAAACUGUCCUUCACUCUGCGGCUAGGAUGGGGCACUUGGAAGUUGUGAAAGCUUUAUUAAACAAGGAUCCAAGCACUGGAUUUAGAACUGAUAAGAAAGGCCAAACUGCACUACACAUGGCUGUGAAAGGGCAAAAUAAAGAAAUUUUGCUGGAAUUGGUAAAACCUGACCCAGCAGUUUUACUCUUGGAAGAUAAUAAAGGAAAUACAGCGUUGCAUAUUGCCACAAAGAAGGGCCGUACUCAGGUGAUUCUUUAUUCUGUAUAGCCAUGAUAAAUUGAUCACGUAGACAGUCUUUAUUUCUGCUCAAUGAUGAAUGUUGAUCCUUGCUGAUACUUCUUUUAUGGAUUAGAAAUUAACAGAAAAUAGACAAGUAAGCCACAAUUCGGCUACUGCACAGAUGUUAAUAGUCAUAUUGUCCAUUAAACAAAACGUAGCAGAUGCGAGCACAAUGUGCCUGUUGAGACUCGAAAAACCUUGACAUUGCAAUUGAAGUUGUGGUCGCGGAUUGCAUUUUAAAGCCUCAAAGCAAAAGUCCCUGGUUAUUUAUUAGUUAUAUUUUUCUCUUGGUUUUACAUUGAUGUACUAGGGUCCAUUGGGGGAACUUAAUUUCAAGGUCAGGGCUAUGGGUUCCAGCUUGUGGGUUCCAUAGACUAAUUUUACCUUUUGAGGGACCAUACAUUAAAUUAAUGGAAAGCUUUCAAAGAUCAAAAACAUAAAAUACUCUAAGGGAUGGUGUUAGGGCUUUGGUGUCAUGGUAUUUAUUUUUCUGAAGAGAUACAAGAAGCCAAUUGGAUUGUAUUUUCUUUACCUGAUUAGCCUGAUGUUUCCCUUUGGUAAGAGUUUUGUUUCCUGCCAUAUGUUGUUAGCUAUGAUGCAUUGUAUUUAUGUGUCUCCUUCAUUACAUGGGGUUGCUUAUAGCAAAAUGAAAACAACAUCUCACAGUACUAAGGGAUGUGAGACUAAAUUAAGUUUCACAAUACUAACAUCAAGGACUUUCUGUUACGAAAAGUAGCACCCUUUCAUACAAGGAUCCAAUACACAUUCCUCUCUCUCAAUAUUUCCCUUCCUAACAAUACCCAUUACUGCAACAACAAUCUUGUCCCCAAGGUUGAAUUUUGAAAAUUGAACUUUAAUGGCAGAAGUGUUUCCCACAUGACUGUUUUAGAUCUGCCCUCUUGCUAUUACACCAACACUUGUUGAGACUCUUGUGCUUCCACUUCAACACUUGUCUCCUCCAGUACACAUCUUCUAAUAAUGAUUGUUGAGCAAGUUGAAUCUCAUUUGGUAAAACCAAAUAACCUUCCUUCAAAGGCACUUUGAACAAGGGGAAUAAGGAGGGGGUGGAGAGUGUAUCGUCGGAGAAAAAAAAGAAAUUAAUGUAGCUUUGAGUUAGUGGGACUACUGUUAUAGUUAGUGGGACAAAUGUUGCAUUUAGGGGAGAGAGGUUAGUGGGACAACUUUUGCACUUAAUGGGAUAGUUGUUGCAAUUAGCGGGAUAGAUGUUGCUUAUUAUUGGUGUUUGGCUCAUCCAUAUUGGAACCAAAUUCAGCCCAUGCAGUUUCCCAUACUUGAAGACUUUGAAUCUAAUAAAUUACUUUCAUCAUCCCUUGGCUUCUGUAGAAGAAAGGAUCUCUCCCUUUGCUUCGCGGCAUCCCAUUUGGAAAGUCCUUCUCUAUUUAUAGACUCAACACCUUUCUUCAACAACUUAAGCUUAAUAUCUUGUCGGGUCUGCAUCUCCCAUAUAACAGAAACCUUUUUCAGAUUCUUUUCUCAAAACUUGUGGGGUCACCAAAGUUUUUGCCAAAGUGGGGUCUCCUUUAAUUUUGACUGGUUGGCCUUGAGUGCAUAAAUUCAUGAAUAAAGUCUUCAAAUUCACCUUAACAUCUUCUAAUGUUGCCAACCAAGUUACACCCAAAAUUACAUCUACUCCUCCAAGUUCAAACAAGAAAAAUGUCUCAUUGACCUUGUAUUCUUCAAACUGCAUUUCUACAUCCUUACAACAUCCUUAUGUCUGCUUUUUGUAUUCUUCUCCCAAUCUAAAACCAUAAGGUGGAGUAGAUUCCACUGGUAGAUCAAGUAACUGCACCAACCCUGAAGAUAUAAAGUUGUGACUCGCCCCAACACCAACACGGAUCUUCCUUUUACUUUUCCCUGCAUCUUCAUGGUGUGAGAUUAGGUGAUGCCUCUUGCAGAGAAAACAAAUAAGUCCAAAUAUUGACAAUCUUGGUCAAUAUUUUCCUCCAAAUUCCUCUCCAACAACUUCCCUACU